CUUCACUUCAAAAAAUUCGCAUGCAAAUUGUUAUGAUGAUUUCUGCCUUUGUUGCUGAUAUUUGAUAUUUGUAUUACGGUCACCGUGAAUGUGGCUAAAGCGAAAUUCGGCUGCAUAAUUGUUAGCAACCUUUUUCUACCACUCAGAACAGGAUAUGGAAGCUUCUUGGAAACGGAGAUAGGUGUGGCGGUUAUUGAAACGUUAGAAAUUGAUGGUUGUUUUUCCUUUUUCACCAGUUUGGUAGUCACCAUGACCGAAACCAAUAAGCGAAGGCACGAAAGCCCUACAGAGGAUACCUCAGCGGCGAAAAAAGUAGACCACAAGUGCUCCCCCCUCGACGAUGCCAACAAAGAUAUUUGGAAGUCGGUGAACUUGAAUAAUUUUGAUAUCAAAGUGUUGUACCAGUAUAUCCGGUCAGGCGGCGAUGUGCACAUGCUCAGUGCCGAUGGUUACGGAAUUUUGUACUUGGCAGCCCAUCACAAGAACAUUGAAGCGCUACGGUUGUUACUAUUGCAACCGCAUAUAGACGUCAAUGCAUCCCACGGUCCACACAACGAACGAGCAUUACAUGCAUCGAGCAGUGCAGGCCAUUUUGAUGCUGUGGAAUUAUUACUUGAAAACGAAGCCAAUGUGGAUGUGACGGAUGCGCUCGGACACACGCCACUUAGCAACUCACUGUUUGCCAAGUCGUUUCCAUGCACCGAACUUUUGCUGAAAGCCGGUGCCUCGAGGGACAUUCAAGACAGUCAAGGCAAUUACCUCAUCCAUCUAGCGGUGAGUAAUGACUUUAUUGAAGCGGCUAAAGUCUUUCUUCAAGAUGCAUCCAUGAUUGACAAACCCAACGCACGAGGGUUGUCACCGUUGGCGCUGGCUAUCAGUCUAGGUCAUAUGGACCUCAUGCGGGUUAUUUUGGACCAUGGGGCGGAUGUCAACAAUCGAUCAAAGUUAACGACGGUGCUCCAUUUAGCAGUUCAAUGGAAUCGUUUUGAGGCCGUUCAGGCUUUGGUGGAACGAGGAUGCAACGUCAACGUGAUUAAUGCCAUGGAAGAAACACCACUGUAUGUGGCGGUUCAACAGCGAAAAAUCGAUCUUGUACGAUAUCUUGUCGAACAUGGAGCUGAUCCUACCUAUUCCAUCCACGAUACCUCCGUGAACAUGCCACUGCUGUAUGCCGCGAACCAUGGAUACAACGAAAUGUGCAUAUUACUUGUUACGAAAAAGACAUCCCGAGACCUCUUGAACAGAGCGGCCACCAUGAGUCAGCGAAACCAUUUCUUUGUCACAGCCAAAAUUUUACGGGAACAAGCGAUGAAACGCAACGCUGUAACCGUCAAAUCAGUUAUUGAAGAGCCUGCCGAUGCCGAUUUCAGUUCGCUGAUCAAUCUCGAAAGCGAUGACGACGACGACGACGACGAAAAGGCCAACAUCGAUAGCAGGUCGUGUCUGGAAUCCACUGCGGAAAAGAAACCAUCAUGACACACCUACACAUACAUGCGGGACAGCAAUAAAAAAAAGAAAUGGAAGCUCUUCGAUAGAUUGUAGAGAAAAUAUA